AUGGUUGAGAGCAUUCGUGGAUCGUCGAAAAUCUUGCUUUCGGCAGCAACCACUUUGUUGAGCAGAUGCGCGCAGCGAGCGACAGCUGCAACAAAAGCAGCACACGAAGUUCCACAGUUGAGACCGCUGUAUUUGGAUGUGCAGGCCACUUCUCCAAUGGAUCCACGCGUUGUCGAUGCAAUGAUGCCAUAUAUGAUUAGUGCUUACGGGAAUCCACACAGCAGAACACAUUUUUACGGUUGGGAAGCGGAGGAAGCAGUUGAGAAAGCGCGUACACAGGUGGCGAAUUUAAUUGGCGCAGAUUCACGUGAGAUUGUUUUCACGUCCGGUGCAACGGAAUCAAAUAAUACUGCCAUCAAGGGAGUGACAAAUUUUUACAAAGACACUGGUAAAGACCACGUAAUCACUGUGCAAACGGAACAUAAAUGUGUGUUGGAUUCUUGUCGUUAUCUCUCAACAAAAGGCUUCAAAGUAACCUAUUUACCGGUGCAGAACAAUGGAAUUAUCAGUCUGGAGGUCUGCGAUUCUUGUUAUAUCAAGGCAUUUGUAGAAUGCAUUCGUAAGUGA